AUUAAAGGCGUUCAAGAACAGUGAUCAAUCAGGUCAUGAUGUCAUUGUCAGCUGAUGUUAAAGCGUUACAUCGCUAUCGGCUUCACACUUUUGAUUUCAGUACGCUGCUAUGGAGGUCUCAACCGAAGUUGGAAAGAUGUCAUGGCUGGUGUUGUCUCUGGUACUGCUUACAUUUGGGCUCAUUCAGUGCAGUCCGCCUGUUGAGGACAAGAUAGGACUGGACCCUGAAGUAAAUAUGAACAUCAGUGAGAUCAUCAGACACUGGGGCUACCCAGCUGAAGAAUUUGAAGUGGUCACUGAGGAUGAGUACAUCCUGAGCAUUAACCGAAUCCCACAUGGGGUCAAAAACAAGGAUGGCCAAGAAGCCAAGCCUGUAGUGUUCCUCCAACAUGGUCUUCUUGCUGCUGGAAGUAAUUGGGUGACAAACCUGCCCAACACCAGCCUGGGUUUCCUGUUAGCCGAUGCUGGAUUUGAUGUGUGGAUAGGCAACAGCCGUGGGAACACCUGGUCCAGAAAACACGCCAGCCUUGACCCUAAACAGAAAGAAUACUGGCAGUUCAGUCAUGAUGAACUGGCUAAAAAGGAUCUUCCUGCAGUGAUAAACUUCAUUACAAAGACCACUGGCCAGGAGCAAAUCUUUUAUGUGGGCCAUUCCCAGGGAACCACUAUAGCGUUCAUCGCUUUCUCCACAAUGCCGGAGCUGGCCAGCAAAAUCAAGAUGUUCUUUGCUCUGGCUCCUGUCGCCACAGUGGGGUUGACCAAAAGCCCCAUGACCAAAUUGUCUCUUAUUCCAGAGUUUCUCAUUUGGGAUCUCUUCGGACGAAAGGACUUCUUUCCUCAGAAUGAGUUGAUUAAGUUUUUUGCCACCGAGUUCUGCAGCAGAAAACCUUUGAGUGUGCUGUGCGGGAAUGUUUUCUUUCUUCUCUGUGGUUUUGAUGAGAAGAACCUGAACAUGAGCAGAACACCUGUGUACACAACACACUGCCCAGCAGGAACCUCAGUCCAGAACAUGGUUCAUUGGGCUCAGGCUGUGAAAUCCAGUAAGCUUAUGGCAUAUGAUUAUGGAAAAGCUGGAAAUAUGGCACAUUAUAAUCAGUCGACCCCUCCCCUGUACAACAUGCGGGACAUGACGGUACCCACAGCCUUGUGGUCGGGUGGGCAGGACACUCUGGCAGAUCCUCAGGACGUGGCUCUACUGCUAACACAGAUACCCAAAUUGGUGUACCACCAUGACAUUAAGCACUGGGAGCACCUGGACUUCAUCUGGGGUUUGGAUGCCCCACAAGAGAUGUACAACAAAAUGAUCGAAAUGAUGAGGGAGAAUGUGUGAAGAGACAUUUUGUUUGAGCAGGUUUUAUCAGCAUUCCUUGAGCUUGAGCUAAUACUUUUGUGCCUCUUUGUUUGUUCUUUCUGUAAGCAGAUGAACCCAUUUGUUUGAGGUGCUGGUAACCGAAUCCGCAAUUUGCGAAUGUAAAUUUGAUAUUACAAACUGAAUUAAGCCUUCGAGCCAUUACCCAGACUGAGUUUUACACUCAUGAUCGGGGGUUGCUUUUUAAUGUCUUUUAAAGGACAUGCACUUGUUUAAUGUGUUUUUUUUUUAAACUUUAGCUUUUACUAACCACUACACCCUCAAUCUCACUAUACUGUAGCAUUUCAUGACCUGUCUUAUGGCCUCGUCCUGUAAUCGACUGAUUUUGUAAAACAUGACUGGAAAUAAACAUACAUUGAUGCCGAAAAUGUGUAUACAAAAAGUAAUUUCGCUUAGUGAGAGGUUUUACUUUUAAACCAACAAUUUGACACAAUCCAAAUCCAUUUGAAAUCUUACAGUGAUAAAAAACAAACUUUAACACUUUAAAACAAACUGAAUAUAC